AUGAUACCACUUUAUGUUAUGAACAGUGUCGCGUAUGUCUGGAAUGCUGAAGACUGGCAUACGUUGCGCUCCAAAUAUCGAAUAUAUGGGGCCUUAAUUGGAUCUCUUCCUUCUUAUCCUCGACAAAAUGAUUUACAAGGUCUUCCACUAGCUCUUAUGACUGAAGAAGCUGCAUUAUUGGUUGAUAAAGGCAUUUGUGAACUAUAUGAUCUCCCAAAACUUAUUGAAAAGCCUUCAGAUAGUUUAAGGCGAGAAACAGAAGAAUUGGAAAAUAGAAUUUCAUUGGAACAGGCUGAUGCCUUAAAAAAGAAGAAGAUUGAACAACUAUCACAAAAAAUUGAUAUUAUAGUUGCAGGAAAAAGACAAAAGAUGAUAUCAAAAGGGAUCGUAGAUGUCAAUAUAGAUAAAGAUAUUUUAUUAGAGCAAGAAAUCAAUAAAAUACCUACUGCAGCCCCUGGUCAUUUACUUGUGCAUUUACCAACACAGCAUAUUAAUAAUGAAGAAAAAGUGAAGUUAUCAAUUGAAGCUCUAAGUCCUAGCAUAACACAGGAAAAUUGUAUAAAAUACUCAGUGUUUAAAGACUUAUGGCAAAAAGGAUUUAGUAUCACAAAUGGUUCUAAAUUUGGAUCAGAUUAUUUACUUUAUCCAGGUGAUCCAGCUAAGUUUCACGCGUUGUAUAUGUUAAAAUGUACGAGUAUGGGACGCAAGUUUCACCCAGCUAAUUUAGUUGCCUUUGGGCGGUUAUCAGUAGCAGUAAAUAAACUAGCAGUUUUAGCUUACUUCAAUAGUGUAGGUGAAAUUGAAUAUCAGACAUUGCAGUGGCAUGACAGUCCAAGUGUAGUAUAA